GAGACGAGAGCAUCCCUAAAAAACUGCCUCUGUCAUACAACCAGGAAGAAGGUGGGAUAGCCCCUACAAAAGCUAACAUCCACCAAUCUUUCUGCAUACUUUCUCCUCCAAAUAAUGGGAUCUUCCAGGUGGAAGGUGGCGGCGGCGCUUCUCGCUAUAAUAGGCUCGUUAUUACCCGUGGACGGAGAUGAGCAUGAGCACACGUACACAGAUAAGGAGGAGGUAGUCUUAUGGAUGAACACAGUGGGGCCUUACCACAACCGACAGGAGACAUACAAGUAUUUCUCUUUGCCCUUCUGCGCGGGCUCCAAGAAGACCAUCAGUCAUUACCAUGAAACGCUUGGAGAGGCUCUGCAGGGAGUGGAGCUGGAAUUCAGCGGCCUCGACAUAAAGUUCAAAGACGAAGUCUUGCAGACAACAUACUGUGAAAUCGAACUGGACAAAGCCAAACGGGAUGCAUUUGUCUAUGCUAUAAAGAAUCACUACUGGUACCAAAUGUACAUAGACGACCUGCCUAUCUGGGGUAUUGUUGGUGAGGCGGAUGAAAACGGAGAGGAUCACUACCUGUGGACGUACAAGAAACUGGAGAUCGGCUUUAAUGGCAACAGAAUUGUCGAUGUAAAUCUGACAAGUGAAGGCAAAGUCAGACUCGUGCCCAACACAAGAAUUGCAAUGUCUUAUUCUGUGAAGUGGAAGAAGUCAGAUGUGAAGUUUGAAGACAGGUUUGACAAGUACCUUGACCCGUCCUUCUUUCAGCACAGGAUUCACUGGUUCUCCAUCUUCAACUCCUUCAUGAUGGUCAUUUUCUUGGUGGGUCUGGUGUCCAUGAUUCUGAUGAGAACGCUAAGAAAGGAUUACGCCAGAUACAGCAAAGAGGAGGAAAUGGACGACAUGGACAGAGACCUGGGAGAUGAAUACGGGUGGAAGCAGGUUCACGGAGAUGUGUUUAGGCCGUCAAGCCAUCCCCUCAUCUUCUCCUCGCUCAUCGGCUCCGGCUGCCAGAUCUUCUCCGUUUCCCUCAUCGUCAUUAUCGUGGCCAUGGUUGAGGACCUUUACACAGAGAGAGGAUCCAUGCUGAGCACAGCCAUUUUCGUGUAUGCUGCAACCUCCCCCGUUAAUGGCUACUUUGGGGGAAGCUUGUACGCAAAACAAGGAGGCAGAAGAUGGAUUAAGCAAAUGUUCAUCGGGGCCUUCAUGAUCCCGGCGAUGGUGUGCGGGACCGCUUUCUUCAUCAACUUCAUCGCUAUUUAUUACCACGCCUCCAGAGCCAUCCCAUUUGGCACCAUGGUUGCUGUGUGCUGUAUCUGCUUCUUUGUCAUCCUGCCGCUAAAUCUUGUGGGGACAAUUCUGGGGAGGAAUCUGUCCGGCCAGCCAAACUUUCCCUGCAGGGUGAACGCUGUGCCGCGACCCAUCCCCGAGAAGAAAUGGUUCAUGGAGCCGGCUGUCAUCGUCUGCCUUGGUGGAAUCCUUCCAUUCGGCUCCAUUUUUAUUGAAAUGUACUUCAUCUUCACAUCCUUUUGGGCUUACAAAAUCUACUACGUUUACGGCUUCAUGAUGCUGGUCCUGGUUAUCCUCUGCAUCGUGACCGUGUGCGUCACCAUCGUGUGCACGUACUUCCUGCUCAACGCUGAGGACUACAGAUGGCAAUGGACAAGCUUCCUCUCUGCUGCAUCCACUGCUGUUUAUGUUUACAUGUACUCCUUUUACUACUAUUUCUUCAAAACCAAGAUGUACGGGCUGUUCCAGACAUCCUUCUACUUCGGCUACAUGGCUGUGUUCAGCACUGCUCUAGGAAUCAUGUGUGGCGCCGUUGGAUACAUGGGAACAAGUGCCUUCGUGAGGAAGAUCUACACAAAUGUGAAAAUUGACUAAGAAGCGAAGCAGCAUCACAGGGAUAUUAAUGGAUUUGCCUACGUGUACCCUGAAAGACGGCGGGCACAAGUCAUUCUUUAUUAUUUUUCUUUCUUGCAAAGAGAUUGUGAAAAUCUCACUUUGUACAAUGUAGUUUUUUCCAUUUUUCUGAAUGAAUUUCAACGCCGCGGCACCAUGUGAACGAGAGCAAAUCUUGCGGAAGAUAAAUAUCAAAACACAAAGGUUCUGUUUUUAUCAGUUGCUUUCAAAAACAAAAAAACGUCGGGGGCAAAUGUUUAAGGCUGACAUGGCUUCUCUUUUUCCAACCCAGUCCCACCUGAGACCAGAGAACAUAAAUGUUUAUUGAUGGAAUAGUGUAGCUCUCUUCAGUGAAGAGGCCUAAGUGUAUUGAAAGCCUUUUGUUCUAUUGUGUCAGAAUAUAGGAGAGUUGGGUCUGUGCCCGUGUGUUCUGACUUGAUUUCUAUUUUGUAUUCUUGCAGUCACUCGAAAUAUCGUUACUACACCGUUUUUGUCGAGAUUUACUUCCACCGAAAAAGAUUCUAUAAAAAAAAAAAACCUGUCGUCACUCGAGAAUCAUUCCCCCCUCCCCUCUAUUUUUUUUUUCGACAAUUCUUAAUUUCCCUGUUAUAGUAGCAAUCCAUCCAGUUGAUAUUUUAGUCCUGCUGUAGUUUACUGUACAGAUGAGAACAGAGGGACUGACCAGCGGUCGAGGUACAGUAAGAACAGAUUUUUAAAUGGAUGUUUGAUGUGAUCUCAUUUCCCCCCCCCGUUUAGUCUUAUGUUUUCUUAAUGUUUGGGUUUGAAUGAAGUCUACUUGUAAAGAUAAUAUAUGGGUGGGGGGGGGCGGGAGGGGGAGUGUAUAUGACCUUAAUAAUGUACCUUUAGAUGUAGAUCCCAAAUGUAUUUUCGUUGUACAGAUUUACUACAGGGUGUUUUUUUUAAAUGAAUGGUUCAGUUAAAAACAACAAAAAAAAGAUAUAUUUUGUUUUUUUGUUUGUUUUUUCUUUUCGUUGUUUGGUGCUUGGGGUGGGGCUGGUGGCGCUGUUACAUCUUGCCUGAAAUUGCAUGAAGUUUUCACCGAACCAUCUGCUCAUCAAAUUCCACUUUAGUCAGUGCUGUCAGGUUUUAUUUUUUAUUUCCCCCCCUCUUUCUCUCUCUCUGAGGAUCUACUCGGUCUCACAACGUAAAGGUACACUUGGGACGACUGGUAGGCCUGCUUAUGGACACGCUUCUUUUUCUUUUUUUAUGUUUUUUGAUUUCAUAUAUUAUUUAAAAGCUUUAAAAAGAGGCUCUACAUCUUCUGGUAAGCCAUCUCCCUCACGUUCUUUCUGUUGCCUAACCUGAAGCAUAAUUUGUGAAUGUCAGAAGGAAUGAGGCGAUGGCUUUGUUUCUGCAAACAUACUGUACAAAUUAAAGUUUAUGUACACUUAAAAAGUAGAUGUUUUCAUAACCACACACAGUGCUGCGGAGUGUUUCAAACGCUUUUUUCCAUUUUGUGUAAAUACAGUAUGUACCCUACUUGUAUGAGAAGUGGCAAUGCCUUUUUUUUUUCUUUUUUUUCUAAUUUCCAGUUCUCCCCCACUGAAGUUGAUUUUGGCACCUCAUGUUGUGUACCGAUGUCUGAUUAGACAUUUUGAACCUGCAUAUUAACUUGCUGUAAAAAGAGAAAAUAAACAAUUUAUGUACAGGG